AAAAUGCUAACACAAAUAUACGUUACAUCCAUCCAUCUUCUAUGCUGGAGCCUAUCCCAGCUGACUUUGGGCGAGAGGUGGGGUACACCCUGGACUGAUCGCCAGCAAAUCGCAGUGCGGAAACCCAUGCACAGGGAGACCAUGCAAAUUCUCCACAGAGAUGCCCGAUGGAGAUUCGAACGAAGAUCUUCCCAAUCUCCUGACUGUGUGGCCAACAUGCUAACCGGAGUCUGCGGGGGCCCACCCCUCGCAGCCCCCCCCUUCCCCUCCUCCCAUGACAGGGGGAAGCCAGAGCGGCUCUUGUCUUCAGUCAGCGUUCACAUCGCAGGCAGGCUGGAAGCAGCAGCAGCAGCAGCAGACCAUCAGCUCGGGAGGGACUUGUUGUCUGGAAAUCAAGGAUAACAUCGCUACAUUUUAAAAAGGAUAACAGACUAACUGCGUGGAUUAAAAACAUUUUUUUUUUGCAUUAUCAUUGCAAGUGCUGUUAGGAUCGUGACCGGGAUGGGAAUCCGAACGCCGGCUUUGGGAAGUUGCUUCAUCCGGAAGGCAGCAUGAGGGCUGCUGGCUUCAUCAAGACGCAACUGAUGGGAGGUGUCAGCUGAUGAGGUGGUCUGUUCAUCACCACCCGUCAUGGAUGUCAGCUGUCGCCUACAUCCCUGUCCCAGAAGCUCUUCCAAGCUCCUAGCGCCUGCGACGUCGUAACAGCUGCCUGGGUGGACCAUGCCGGCCACCGACAGCAUGACACACAUGGACUACAAGUACACCCUGCUCGGCGUCACAGGAGAAGAGAGAGGCAAGAGGCCGUUGCUCCUGCAGGUGGAUGAAGCGCCUGUGAACCUGUUCGCCAUCCUGGAGGUGAAAAGAGAGCUCCCGAGGAGAUGGAGCACGCUGGGCAGCUUCCGCAAGAUUCGCCUCUACAGCGUCCUCUUCGGCGUGGCCGUCAUGUUCCUCAUCAUGGCCUCCUAUGUACUGGUGGGGGACAAGAAGGGUCUGCUGCUCACGCCGUCACCGUAUCACAUCAGCGGCCUGGUCAGCCCCGGACCCUUCGCCUUCAACGUGUCGUCGGUCAAGGACUAUGCGCACAUGCAGCUGGUGGUCAAGUCUAUCGCGUCCAAGGUGGAGUUCAGCAGCGGGCGGCAGCUUCCAGAGCUCAGGGCGUUGGUUCACAGCGAGCAACAUAUGUUUUCAGUCAUCCCCCGCAAAUUCCUGCCAGGCGUCCGCAACCCCUGCUGGUACGAGGAGUACACCGGCAACGUCACCUCGGACCCGUACGGGACAAACUUGUACGCACGCUACUCCCGGCGCUUUCGCACCGUUUUCACACAUUUGAGGACCACUUUCAGAAAGCAUUUGUUCUACCGCGAAGGGAAGCUAUACCGCAUCCGCUGCCUGCCAUAUUUCUACAUCAUCGGACAGCCCAAGUGCGGCACCACGGAUCUUUACGACCGACUGCGGCUGCAUCCUGACGUCAAGUUCACCACCUUCAAAGAGCCGCACUGGUGGACCCGCAAGAGAUUUGGCAUCAUCCGUCCAAGCGAGGGCUUCCAUGACCGCUACCCAGUGGAGGACUACCUGGACUUGUUCGAUCAGGCUGCUUAUCUCAUCCGAGGCAACCUCACGACCAACGACAGUGGGGCGCUCGGCCGGCCCAACGUCAUCAUCGGAGAAGCCAGCGCCUCCACCAUGUGGGACAACAAUGCCUGGGUGUACUUCUACGACAACACCACCAAGGGAGAGCCACCCUUCCUCAUCCAAGACUUUGUUCACGCCCUGCAGCCCGAUGCACGGUUCAUUGUCAUGCUCAGGGACCCGGUGGAAAGACUCUACUCGGACUACUUGUACUUCGGCAUCGCCAACAAGUCAGUGGAGGAUUUCCACGAGAAAGUGUCGGAGUCGCUGCAGCUGUUCGAGGGCUGCCUGGGCGAGUACACCAUGCGUUCUUGUGUGUACAACACCACCGUCAACAACGCCAUGCCAGUGCGGCUGCAGGUGGGUCUCUACAUCGUCUACUUGCUGGACUGGCUGAGCGUUUUCAGCAGGGAGCAGAUUCUGGUGCUGAGGCUGGAGGACCAUGCCUCCAACAGGAAGUACACCAUGCACCAAGUCUUUCAAUUCCUUAACCUGGGGCCGCUGACAAAACAAAUGGAGUCGGAGAUCACAGGAAGCCCCGCCUCCAACACCAGGAGGCCGGCAGACAAAAACCUGGGCCCCAUGCUGCCCAUCACGAAAGAUAUCCUACGCCAUUUUUACACGCCCUUCAACCAGAAGCUGGCCAAAGUGUUGCGUAAUGACUCUUUCCUCUGGGACUUCAAGCCCUGACACCCCACCCCUCGUAUAACUCAGUAGGAAAACCACUGACAUCAUCAUUAAGUGCCCAUCAUCUUUUUUUAAAUUAUUUAACUUAUAAGAGCAGCAGAAAUUAAUCAAAGACAGAAAAUAGCACAAGUGUAUGUGUGUGUGUGUGUGGGGUGUGUGUGUGUGUGUGUGUGUGUGUGUGUGUGUGUAAAGAGACUUAAUGAUUGUUUUGAUGUACAAAGUA